ACGUCAGCCGGUUUGACAUGUCGAUCGUUUGUAUCUUUCUGUAAGGGUGUAAUUUAACUAAAUAUCUCUAUAAAUUCGCGUGAAAAUGCUGACGAAAUUCGAGACAAAGUCGGCUAGGGUUAAAGGCAUAUCAUUUCAUGCCAAACGGCCAUGGGUUUUGGCCAGUUUGCACAAUGGGGUGAUUCAGCUGUGGGACUAUCGUAUGUGUACAUUGCUGGAGAAAUUUGAUGAGCAUGAUGGUCCUGUACGUGGCAUUUGUUUCCACAUCCAACAGCCCCUAUUUGUGUCCGGAGGAGAUGACUAUAAAAUCAAGGUAUGGAACUACAAGCAAAGGCGCUGCCUGUUCACGCUGCUGGGUCACUUGGAUUACAUCCGCACCACAUGCUUCCACCACGAGUACCCGUGGAUCCUCAGUGCCUCUGAUGACCAGACAAUCAGAAUAUGGAACUGGCAGUCCCGCCAAUGCAUCAGCGUCCUCACUGGACACAACCACUACGUCAUGUGUGCACAAUUCCACCCGACUGACGACCUGAUCGUGUCAGCAUCACUCGACCAGUCCGUUCGCGUCUGGGACUUUAGCGGACUGCGGAAGAAGAAUGUAGCUCCGGGCCCGGCUGGCUUGGCUGAGCAUCUGAGGAACCCGCAGGCCACUGAUCUGUUUGGACAGGCUGACGCUGUAGUAAAGCAUGUGUUAGAAGGACACGACCGCGGCGUCAACUGGGCGGCGUUCCAUCCUACUCUACCGCUCAUUGUGUCCGCCGCUGACGACCGCCUUGUGAAACUGUGGCGUAUGAACGAUGCCAAGGCGUGGGAAGUGGACACAUGCCGCGGGCACUACAACAACGUGUCCUGCGUGUUGUUCCACGCUCGCCACGAGCUCAUCCUGUCCAAUAGUGAAGACAAGUUCAUACGCGUCUGGGACAUGACUAAACGGACAUGUCUGCACUCGUUCAGACGGGAACAUGAGCGGUACUGGGUGCUGGCGGCCCAUCCAACCUUGAACCUGUUCGCGGCAGGCCAUGAUGCCGGCAUGAUUCUGUUCAAGCUGCAAAGAGAGAGGCCUGCGUACGCCGUGCAUAACAACCUGCUGUUCUAUAUUAAAGACAGACAAAUUCGCAAGUUGGACAUGCAGACUAACAGGGAUUCCCCUGUCAUGCAGAUCAAGGGUAGUGGCAGAAACCAGCCGUACAGCAUGUCCUUAAACCACGCGGAAUGGUGCGUCCUAGUCAACUGGCGUAUCGGCGAGAGCAGCUCGUACGAGCUAUAUCAGGGUCGCGAGGGCGGUGAGACAGCUGAACCUUUGCGCGCGCCGGCCGCCCACGCUGUGUGGGUGGCUAGGAACCGCUUCGCUGCUCUGGACAGGAACAAUCAGCUCGUCAUAAAGAACCUGAAGAACGAGGUCUCCAAAAAGAUCUCCACGCCAACUUGCGAGGAGAUCAUGUAUGCUGGCACAGGAAUGCUGCUACUUCGCGAGCCAGACUGCGUUCAACUAUUGGAUGUUCAGCAGAAACGAACCAUUGCUACGGUGAAAGUCUCCAAAUGCCGCUACGCUAUCUGGAACUCCGACAUGUCACUCGUUGCACUCCUGGGCAAACACACCGUCACCAUCUGUACCAGAAAAUUGGAACAACUCUGUUCGGUGACAGAAGGAGCCAGGGUCAAGUCUGGAGCUUUUGAUGACAGUUCUCCGCAGCCUGUGUUCAUAUAUACUACUGCAAACCAUAUUAAAUACUCCUGCAGAGACGUUGACUAUGGCAUCAUUCGCACCCUGGACGUGCCUGUUUACGCAGUGAAGGUGCUAGCUUCUGAAGCCGGUGCCAGAGUCGUGUGUCUCGACCGCGAGGCCAGGCCGAAGGUGCUCAACAUAGACCCGACGGAGUACAGGUUCAAAUUAGCGCUGGUGACUCGCCAGUACGACCAGGUACUACACAUGGUGCGCACUGCUAAGCUCGUCGGGCAGAGCAUCAUCGCCUACCUGCAGGAGAAAGGUUACCCGGAAGUGGCCCUCCACUUCGUGAAGGACGCGCGCACGCGCCUGUCGCUGGCCCUGCAGUGCGGCAACAUUGAGGUGGCUCUAGACGCGGCCAAGAGCUUGGACGAGAAGGCUUCUUGGGACAAGCUAGCUGAGGCCGCCUUGCAGACUGGCAACCACCAGAUCGUAGAAAUGUGCUACCAACGCACAAAGAACUUCGACAAACUGUCCUUCCUGUAUCUCAUCACCGGAAACCUGGAUAAGCUUCGCAAGAUGAUGAAAAUCGCUGAGAUUAGGAAAGAUACCUCAGCGCAGUUCCAAGGGGCGCUUCUUCUGGGCGAUGCUGCAGAAAGAGUCAGGUUGCUCAAGAAUGCAGGACAGCUGUCCCUAGCCUACCUAACAGCAGCCAACCACAAGCUGGAUGAGGACGCGGAAGCCCUGAAAGCUCAGCUGGAGGCCGCGGGCGCUCCGGUACCGGAAGUGAAGCUACAGAAGAAGGUGCUCCGCCCCCCGCUUCCGGUGCACAACUCGCAGCCUAAUUGGCCUCUCUUGGCAGUUUCUAAAUCUCUGUUCGAAGUGGCCAGCGCGGCUCGCGCCAGCGGCUUGGACACAGGCGUGGGAGCCGGCGGUGACGAGCCUUUAGAAGCGGGCGGCGCUUGGGGCGACGAUGACGACGUACUUCAAGAAACUAAGGAGGCUGGAGAUGGGGAAGAACAACCAAUGGAAGACGCAUGUGACGACGGUGGAUGGGACGUGGGUGAUGAAGACCUAGAUCUGCCUGAAGAGCUGGCUCCUGUUUCUGCGGAUAUCGACGGUGGUGACGACACGCCAGCGUACUUCGUGGCCCCAACCCGCGGCUCGAGUGUCGCGCUGUCCGCUAAACUCAAGACCGCACAUGAUCACGUCGCUACUGGACAGUUCGAGAUCGCUUUCAGGCUUCUAAACGAGCAAGUGGGCGUCGUGAACUUCGAGCCGUAUCUAGAAACGUUCCUAGCCAUGUAUUCAAGCGCUCGUCUCACUUUCGGAGCUUUGCCUUCUACUCCACCGCUCGUCGCCAACCUGCACAGGAACUGGCAGGAGGCUAGCGGGAAGGAUCUGCUGCCUAUAGUCACCGCAAAACUCAACGACCUCGUCACCCAACUGCAACAAUGCUAUCAAAUGACCACCGCCGGCAAGUUUACCGAAGCCACAGAGAAGCUACAACGCGUGGUCCAGCGCGUACCGUUACUACAUGUGGGGAAAGCCGAGCUGGCUGAAGCUCAACAAUUACUGGCUAUCUGUAGGGAAUAUCUGUUGGGACUGCAAAUGGAGACUGCUAGAAAAGCAAUGCCCAAAAAUACCCUCGAAGAGCAGAAACGAACUUGCGAGAUGGCCGCCUACUUCACGCACUGCAAACUCCAGCCGGUCCACCAGAUCCUCACCUUGAGAACUGCUCUCAACAUGUUUUUCAAGCUCAAGAACUAUAGAACCGCUGCCUCGUUUGCUAGGAGGUUGCUUGAACUUGGACCUAGGCCUGAAGUAGCUCAACAGGCAAGAAAAAUCCUCCAAGCCUGCGAAAAAACCCCAACCGACGAGCACCAACUCCUCUACGACGAACACAAUCCCUUCACCAUCUGCGGCAUCAGCUACAAGCCGAUAUACCGCGGCAAGCCCGAGGAGAAGUGCUCUCUCUGGUGCUCGUAUCUGCCGGAGCACAAGGGGAAGCUCUGCGCCGUCUGCGGAGUCGCCGAGGUCGGCAAGGACGUGCUGGGCCUGAGGAUCUGCCCGCUGCAGUUCACUAGAUAAUGCCUAUGUUGUAAGGAUAGAAUUAAACUAUUAUUAUAAUCGAGUGUUUUUAUUAAAGUUAUGUAACAGU